CUUAUUCAUGUAGUAUAGAACACUGAAAUAGAAUGCCAACCUAAUACUCUCCAAUAGUGCCUAUAUAAUAGUGCCAUAUAAUGCCUAUGUAACAGUUCCGUACUAUAGCAUAAUACUCUGCAAUGACAAAGUUCCAAAGAUGCGUCUCGCCUUUAAAGCUGCCAACAAACUAUGAAUCAUCUUCAUGUAGUGAGACCAAUGGGGUUUUUUUUAGCAGGGGAUCCCCUUUUUGUGGCUAUUUGUUUUCAUUUAUUUUAUUUUUGACCUUUCCUAGUGAAAACCCCCCUUAGUCACGACUAGGUUUUCCCUAAUGAUGUUGUGUAGAGGGUCCGCCGCUGUGCUGGUUACUACAUGGACGAUCAGGACACUUGUUUUUACUUCCCCUGGUGUAAAGACAAGAGAACGGAGAACAGAUCUGGUCUACGAUUCUUGUAGGAUCCAAUGUGAGCAGAAUGUUAAACACAUCUGGAAACUUCACGACCUGCCAGCCUCAACACAUUGGCAUCAUCAUCCCAAUUUCCUUGGGCGUCAUCUACUCCAUUGGUUUUGUGUUAAAUUGUAUCAGUUUGUGGAUAUUCUGGUUUCGAGUAAAACAAUGGAACUCGACUGUGAUUCUCCAGUUCAACUUGGCCAUCUCCGAUGCCAUCAUCACCCCGGCUGCUCCUCUGAUCAUCAUCUACUCUUUGACCGACAACUGGACCUUCGGAACCUUCUUCUGCCAGUUUAAGGUCUUCCUCCUCAGCACCCACAUGUAUGGAAGUAUAUAUUUUCUUACGCUGAUCAGUGUUCACAGAUACUUUUCAGUUGCCCAAAAUGUUAAAAGGAAGGCCUUGACCACAAAGCCAUUUAUCACAAAACUUUGUAUCAUUGUCUGGUGUUGUCUCUUCGCACAAGGAAUUCCAUUUUUCUUUGUUCUAAAAACAUCUGAAAUUCACGGAGUCACGAAAUGUCUCAGUAUACAUCAAAACGAUCAAGCGGUUUUAUUCUUUGUUUGGAAUGGUGUCAUCCUCUUCUCAGGUCUCCUCAUUCCUUUCACCAUAACCUUGGUCUGCUACAGUCUCCUGAGUCGAUAUAUCCUCAACGUGAAUCCAAUGAACACUCUCACGAACGUCAUGGUCUCCAAAUCCGUGCAGAUGAUAUUUGUCUCCUUGAUAAUCUUCAUUAUCUGUUAUAUUCCAGUCCAUAUCACCAGAACCGUGGGGGUUACUAUCACCUUGUUCUUCCCAAACAUGUGUUCUUUUCUAGAAAAGGUUGAGGUGGCCUAUUACCUCACCUGGAUGUUAUCGGGAACAAAUUGCUGUUUGGAUCCUAUUAUAUAUUUUUUUGGUUCAGACAGAUUCAAUAGCACACUCACAGGACGGCAGAGCUUACGGCAAAGACAAGACGGUAAAGAUAAACCAGAUGGAAGCUUCAGAAGAUCAUCACCAUGGUCAUCCCUCGAGCAAGACAAAAACCGAUUGUCCUUUGCAUGAAAGAUUAUUAUUGCAAAUUAUUUUGAAUACACUAAAUCAUCACAAUGCAGAACUGACCAAAUCUUUUUUGUCUACAUAUUGUUAUAUUGUUUGAAGUCCUGUUCUUUUGGGAUGUUAUGCCUUUGAUGUGGCACAAUAAAGGACUUACCGAUAGCUGAAGCCAAUAUUUGGCUCUUACCAAAACCAAACAGCUUAUGCCAAAUUCCGAGGACUAUAAAAGUUCUUCAACUGUUCCUAACAUACUAAACACUAUAUAUAGUAGGUGUCCCUAUUUAUAGACCCUCACA